AUGAAGUUCACCCUCCUCAGUGCCAUUGCCCUCUUCGCGGCAGCCACUGCCGAAGCCAACAACACUGUCACGGGUAUUGACGGCCGCGCUCGAUCGCUCGAGCAGGAGGCUGCCUUCCAAACCGAUGCCGAAACCAACCGCGCUUGCCACGAAAAAAAUGCCAACUACAUCGCGUCCCUCAAAGCUGGACAGUACACGUCGAGUGCAUUUCACAACUGUUUUCGCACCAUCGACCAAAUCUACAAGUUUGCCGAUGCGUUGGUCGAACAAAACACGACGUUGCUUAGCGCGUUUGUCAUCUCCAAGACGUACAACGGGGCCACGAUUUACGGGUACAAGCUGACCAAGGGCAACGCCCAGUCGCUGUACUUUCAAGCCCUUCAACACGCCCGCGAAUGGAGUGCAGGCUUGUCGAUUCUGUUCUCGUUCGUGUCGAUUCUCGACGAUAUUGCCAACGAGAAACCCACGGCCGCCGACGCGUACGACUUGUACUUUGUGCCAAUCGUCAACAUUGACGGCUUUGCAAGCACAUGGAACGGGAACGGCACCCGGCUCCAGCGCAAGAAUGCCAACCACGUCGACUUGAAUCGCAACUGGCCGACUCCCUUCGAGAACCCCAACACCCUCCACAAGACGAUGAAACGUACCCCGGGAAGGAGCCCUUCAGUGAACCGGAAACCGCGGGCAUCAAUGCAUGGAUAG